AUUCGUAUGACCCAGAUACUUGGCAAUAACAUCAUAAAGCUGUCCGUGGAUCAGAUUAAAGCUUCUUCAUUACCAGUGCUCCCGUUAGAUCAAAUUUCACAACUGGAGCUUCAAGUUUGACAGCAUUCUAGGUUCAAAGGACCUCGUUCUCGAUUGUUUAAGAAAGAACUGCAGAUGCUGGAAAAAUCGAAGGCAGAUACUAUGGAACAGUGUCUCUCUUCCCAUCAGAACUGCCCCCUCCAUCACCUCUUUUAAGUCGAAACUUAAAACUUAUUUCUACUCUCAAGCCUUUCUUGAGGUCCUCUGAGGGAGCGCUGUAUGUAUAAAAUGCUGGAGUAACUCAGCGGGUCAGCCGGCAUCUCUGGAGAAAAGAAGAAUAGACGACGAGAAUAAACAGAGAUUCAGAGUCCCUCUGAGGAUCCUCCAGUGCUUCUACUCAGCGGCUGCAGAAAGCAUCUUGUCUGGAAACAUCACUAUCUGGUUUGGGAACUGCGCUGCCCAGGACUAGAAGGCUCUGCAGAGAGUAGUGCGUUCGGCCGGACGCACUAUGGGAACAACACUCGUCCCUCUGCAGGAACUAUACAUCAGCAGGUGCAGAUUCAGAGCCAGCAACAUUAUGGGGGACCCCUUCCCCCCCAGCAACGGACUGUUCCAGCUGCUACGGUCAGGCAAACACCUCCGCUGUCAUGCUGUGAAAACAGAGAGGAUGAGAAGGAGUUUCUUCCCAGAGGCCAUUAGGACUGUAAAAUCUUAUCUCACCAGGGUGGGAGAUUGCAACCUUCACGUGGUCUGCCCUGUUUCGACGAAUGCAAUCAACCCGGCAUGCGCAAUCAAGUAAGAUCAAAUAGAACAAGUUGUCCUGCAACUUUAGGCUGUGCAUGCCAUACGCAAGAGGAAGAAGACCUUUCGACUGACUGGUUAGCACGCAACAAAAGUCUGACAAUAAACCAUACUGGAGGGGUGUGGAUCAUGUGCAGGCAGUCAGAGAUGGUACAGGCAUCAUGUUCGGCACAGACAUUGUGGGCCGAAGGGCCUGUUCUUGUGCUGUACUGUUCUACCAUCAUGUUCCCUGUCCCGUGUUCUGCGUGACGGAACUGGCGAUUCAGUGACAUUAACGUACCGCAUUGAUUCUUAGAAGAUACGCAACCCCUUUGCUUUCAAACCACAAUCGACAACCUGGUCAAAGAGUUACUGAAAAAUAGAAUUCUUUACCCAAGGAAUGAAGUCCUGCUGAUCCCAUUCCUCGGAAUCAAGUUAAUCAUUUUUCUCUCUCUUCGCUAUCAGUCAACAACCCCUUAUCUUUUAUUUGUCUUUCACACACACACACACACACACACACACACACACAAGGAUUGCAAAUGAAUAUGCUCUCGCUCAAUGUGCUUUUGCGACUGGGACUUAGGAAGAUCCUCAUUUGACUGCAAGGUGGAGUUGCCGUUUUUACUGCAUCUCAGCAAUCAGAGUGUGGGCAAAGUCCAGAUUGCACCUUGUACACGAGAAGGAGUGGGUGAUGUUCCUUCCAUGAGGCACGGCGGGAUCCUUUCUGCGCCUGAAAAUAAAUGUUUUUGGGUUUGCUCUGCGUGUGAUGUGAGGAUCUAACUGGAAAAACCAUGUCGGCCUGCGUGGUUGGGGCAGUUUAUGGAGCUUCAUCGAUAGAGCACUCUUUCAAUGCAAAUUCCCAGGUUAAGAUGGAAUAUCCUGUUGAGUCGAUGUGUGAGGAGUUGUGUCCGAUUUGUGGAGACAAGGUCUCUGGAUACCACUAUGGACUCCUAACUUGCGAAAGUUGUAAGGGCUUUUUCAAACGUACGGUCCAGAACAACAAACACUACACCUGUGUGGAAAACCAGAACUGUCCGAUAGACAAAACCCAGAGGAAGCGAUGUCCUUACUGCCGAUUUCAGAAGUGCCUGACAGUGGGGAUGAAGUUGGAAGCGGUGAGGGCAGAUCGCAUGCGGGGAGGCCGCAACAAGUUUGGGCCCUUGUACAAGCAGGACAGGGCAUUGAAGCAACAGAAGAAGGCUCUGGUCCACGGCAGCAGGGUCAAAUUGGAUCCCUCCGCGUACAUGAUGCAAAGCUUGUCGGCGGACCUGAAUGGGCCCGUCUCUGGUGAACGUCUACACUCAGCCUCCAGAUGCCUAUCCUUGAGUUACAACAGCCUGUCAUCGCCGACCCUAGACCAGGACGCCUCUCUGCCGGUCAACAUGUCCAUUGGGGCUCAUGGAUCCAUAGGAGGGUACCAAGUGUGCAGCCCCUUCCCCAGUUGCCACGUCAAGUCGGAGUACAUGGAAGCCGGCUGCUCCGGUAUGCAGGAGUCACUGCUCGGAAACCCGUACGUUGUGGCCUACAGGCCCGCGUCCAGCUCCGCCGUGCCACAGUUGAUGCAGGAGCUGGUGAAGUGCGAGCCGGACGAGGCGCAAGUCCGAGCCAAGAUCUUGAACUACCUGCAGCAAGAGCAGACGUCCAGAGGGAAGCACGAGAGGCUCAACACUUUUGGGAUCAUGUGCAAGAUGGCCGACCAAACCUUGUUCUCACUGGUGGAGUGGGCUAGGAGCAGCAUCUACUUCAAGGAGCUGAAGGUUGACGAUCAGAUGAAACUUCUUCAGAACUGCUGGAGCGAACUUCUAAUCAUGGACCACAUCUACCGGCAGAUGGCUCACGGGAAGGAGUCAAAUAUCCUUCUUGUCACUGGGCAACAGAUCGACUUGUCGACCAUCGCUUCACAAUCUGGAGCCGCGUUGAAUAAUCUGGUGAACCGCACCCAGGAAUUGGUAGCCAAGUUCCAGUCUCUGCAAACCGAUCACCAUGAGUUUGUCUGCUUGAAGUUCCUGGUCCUCUUCAGCCCAGAUGUGAAGAACCUGGAGAAUCGUCCCUUUGUGGAAAGUGUCCAGGAGAAGGUGAACAGGACUCUGAUGGACUACACCAUGUGCUUCCCCCAGCAGGUCGAUCAGUUCAGGCAGCUCCUCCUACGGCUCCCAGAGAUACGUGCCAUCAGCAUGCAAGCGGAGGAGCACCUCUACCUCAAGCACUUGAAUGGAGAUGUGCCCUGUAACAACCUGCUGAUUGAAAUGCUCCAUGCCAAGCAUGUGUGAAGGGCAAAAGAGAGUCAGAGAAUGAACCGAACAUCCUUGCACUUCCAAUGCAGUGCAACAAUGGAUACACAUUUGCACGUUGAUGGCCAGAGAGAAAAGACAACACAAGGCGGCAGGCUAAAUAAUAAAUACAGACCCUUUUUCUAAUGAUUCCAAUUUCUUCAGGGUUCUAUUGCUAAUGGAACCAUUCGAGAUAUUGUUAUUUCAUCGCAAGGUGAACCACAAUCUGCCACCAUACUUGCGUGGAACACCAAUCAUUUAUUGAAGUCCUCCAGUCAAAGCAAGAACAUUCAAGCUGGUGAAGAUGCGAGUGGAUUCCCAGUCAUUGUGCUGCAUGCCCAGUAAUCCAGAGGCAUGUUAGAAAGAUGAGUUCAAAUCCAACCAUGUAGACUCAUACAGCACAAGCUCUUCAUCCCAAUGUCUAUACUGACCCAUAUGCCCCAUCUACGCUUGUCCCACCUGCCCACGUUUUCUCCCCAUUCUUCUAAACCUUUCCUAUCCAUGCACUUGCCCAAAUGUCUUUUUAAAGUUUUUAAGAAGGAACUGCAGAUGCUGGAAAAUCGAAGGUACACAAAAUGCUGGAGAAACUCGGCGGGUGCAGCAGCAUCUACGGAGCGAAGGAAAUAGGCAACGUUCUAGGCAAAGUUGUUAUACUGUAGCACCUGCCUUAAAUAUGUUCCAUGGCAGGCCAAUUCAUACACCCACCAUACUCUGUGUGAAAGCAUUGCCACUUAGGUUCCUAUUAAAUCUUUCUUCUCCGACCUUAUGACCUCAGGUCUAUUCUUUCAAGUGCUUGUAAAAUAUUCCAGGACUCACCUCGGGUCCUUGUUUCCCCUAUCCUGGGUCAAAGGCUUUCACCAUAUCUACUCCACUCAAUAUUUUAUAUACUUUGAUUCGCCCUAUCUAUUCCUCUCAUGAUAUUAUUCACCUCUAUAAGAUCACCCC